AUGGCAACCGGCCGCCCCGCCCCGUCCCGUCCCCCCCUCCGCGCGCGCGCCCCGAGACUCACCUCGACCCCCAACCCCCUGUGGCUUGCCUUGUCCCGGACCCCAAACCCCCGGCGUCCCUCCCGCACUCCCACCGUCGCCUCUUAUUGGCUGCGCCGCACCCGGCCGCCCCGCCCCGCUCGCUCCCCAUUGGCCCAGACGCGCCCGGGGAACUCAGGGCGCGCGAAAUCGGGCUCGGGCGCGACAAUUGAAUCGCGGGGCACCCCGCGCGCAGGCGCGGAGCCUGACAUCCUCCCCGGCCGCUCGCCGGGACCUCCCCCACCCGGCGCGCUCGACCCCCCCCGCCCCGCUCCGCUGCUCCCGGCUGGAGCCGGGUGUGUGCCGGGGAGAGACCCCCGAGCGUUAGGCGGAAGGGGAGGCCCUGGAUCCCGGGACAGUGUGCGGUACCCGCGCGCGCCCGCACUGGUAGCGCGGGAAAGUUUUGCAAAGUCCCCGAGCCCCGUGUGCCCGGCCCGGGCUGGUACCCCGACCCGGCCGGCCGGCUCACCUCUCCGGUCACCGCGAACCCCUCGUCUGCCUGCGCGCCUGGCCCGGCUGGGGAUGGUGAUGGAGCCGCGUGCGUGGCCCGGACCCCGCGCGGACGUGCGUGCGACUCGAAGUGCCCGCUCGGCAAACGCUGCCCGCCGCGCUGCCAGCUGCUCUGAUUUUUUUCCCGCGAAAACUCGGCAUUUGGGAGUUGCGGGGCCGCAAGAGGCCGUGCCGGGGGCGGGCGCCUGCCUCCUGAUUGGCCGGCGCAGUGGCGGGAAGCGAGAAAGAGGGUGGGGGGCGCCCCCGCCUCUGUCCACGGCGCCUCCGCCCAGCGGGCCGCGGCUCCUCCCAGCCCUGCGCGCUCUGCUGGGCGCGCCCAGCGGGCAAAGGGGCUGCGUGGCAGGGCCUGGUCACCCCCCGCACGUGGGGCCCCCCUAGGAGCCUUGGGGACCCCCAGGGUACAGACCUCUUAAGUCCAAGUCCGUUCGCAGCCCCCCACUCAGGCACGCAUUGACCAGUAGGUCUAAGAAGGCCAGAAUCAAUGUGGAAAGACUGCGAGGGAAUGUGGGGGGCCCCCAGGAGACCACCUGCACCCUGAUGGCUGGCCUGAUUGCCUCAAGCCCCACUGCCUGGCAUCAGGUCCUGCCAACGCUCCCCACCCUACCCACCGGCAGGGCUUAUAUGCUGUCUUUUCCACCCCCCGCCUCGUUUUCCCGCCUUCUCCGAGCAGUCCAGGCGGGCAGGGCCGCCCUGCCCCCUCCGCCCUGUCUAUUCCACUCUGACCAGUCCUGGCGGGCACACGAGUCACCCGUGGCUAGACACCUACAAAGCAGCGGGACAGGUUGCUCAGAGCUGCGGGGCCCAGCAGUGUACAUGGCAGACCCAGCUGGUGGUCUCAGGGAGGGAAAAUUCCUAUCUGGGGGAGACAGGCAAGAAAUGAAUAAAUAAAUCAGAUAAUUUCAGACGAUUCCUUAUAGGAGAAAGGGACCAGCGGCCACGUGGAGGGGGGGCGGGGAGAGAGAAUACUCUCUCAUUGGGGCCACUGCGGUGGGCCUCGCGGAAGAGGUGACAUUUGAGCUGGGAUGGGAGCAUGAAACUCCAAGGACAGAUGGGUCUAGGAGGGAAGGUCAAACCCAGAGGCCGGAAAAGGCUUAGAGGUGUCUAGGGAGCAGGAAGGGGCUGCUGUGGUUGGGGCCCACUGAGCAAAGGGGAGGGGGAGCUGAGGUCAGAGGGGUGAUAUAUAAUACCUUGAAGGCCACCGGGGAGGACUUUGGUCUUUAGCUGGAGAUCUGUGAGCAGAAAAACGUUGAGUUCCCACUUAGCUUUUUAUAACAGUUUCUUCGGCAUUCUAUUAAGCCUCCUCUAUCUGGUCAGCAGGACUUCAGCUGUGUCCCCACAUAAAAGACAGAAUCAUGACCCCCAAAGGUAGGCGCCUGUAGACCCCAUGUCCUCAGCCCCAGGAUCUGUGCCUGAUAAAGCUAAAAGGACUUUGCAUUUUCGAAGGUGUGAUUACGUUAAUGAUUUUGAGUUGGGGAGCGUCUCCUGGGAGAUCCAGGUGGCCCCAAUGUUCUUAAGAGGUCCUAAUAAGUGAAAGAGGCAUAUGAAAAGGUCAAAGUCAAAGGUAAUGGGAAAGUGGAAGCAGGCUUUGGAAUGAUCAGGU